GAUAAUCAUGGCGUGGGGGCCAUGUGUGACCGAGUCUCUUAUAACCGUUCUAACCCGCCCCCUCUUCUUAUCUACAGUACAUCUCCCCACCUGGUCCAUCCAUCAGGAUACACGAAGCUCGAGAAUGGCGGUUUAUGCGCAAUAAUGCCAGUCUUAUCAUGGCCGAGGGGCAAGCCUUACUCGAUAUGUCCAUCAACGACUUCUUUCUUCGAUGUGGACUGACUCCCCAGGACCAACUCGAUUGCUACACUUUCAUUGAGCGCCUGUACCCCGGCAUAUCAUGGGUAGCAGCCUCAUAUCAAGGCUACUGCUCCAUGACUAUCUUCGUCGGCGACCAUGUUGUCAUCCAAUUCCGGCCAGACAACUAUCGCCUGAACCUUCAGAUCGCUGAAGCUGCGCGGGAAGUCUACGGCGCGUUCGCUCCCGACACCAAGCAUAUUGCAACUAUCCCGAAGUCUGGUCUGCUUGUAUAUAGCAUGAACAGAAUUAAUGGUGCGCCUUUCAAGCACUUCCGAGAGUCUUGCACAAGCAAGGCAAACUCAACAGAAUACCGUGCGAGACUGUGCGUUGACUUCGCGACGUUUCUAUCAAAAGGAUGGCACCAUAGCUACAGCGAAAGAAUCCCCCUGGGAAUAGUGGGAUGUUCCAUCAUACCUCGCCUUAAGUCACUCAGCACCGACCUGCCCAUGAGGUUUCAGGCCAAAGCACGGCUCAUUCUUAGGGAAUUGCAGCAGAUCGAAGCAUUGCCGUGGGUGUUGUCACACGGAGAUAUUGCAGCUGGGAAUAUCAUCGUAGAUCCGUCAUCCGGCCGGCUACGAGGGCUCGUGGACUGGGCUGAAGCAGAACGUCUACCUUUUGGGACUUGCUUGUACGGACUCGAAGAGAUAUUGGGACAUAUGACAACCGACGGAUUCCAGUACCACCCCCAUGUGUCCCAUCUCCGAGAUAUAUUCUGGGCGGAAUUGAGGAAAUGGAUACCAGAGCUGCAUCAGACUUCUGUUAUGAAGGCCGUCAAACUUGCAAGGGACCUUGGCGUACUCCUAUGGCAUGGUAUUGCUUUCGAUGAUGGGGUUAUUGACCGAGUCGUUCAAGAGGGUAGGGACGUGGAUGAAAUUCGACGAUUGGACGCUUUUCUGGAUCUUGAAGAGCAGGAAAGCGUGGAAGGAGUUUCGAAGAUCUAAGUGACCUAUACCUUUCCCCUGUUUUAUAGAUUUAUGCACACUCUUCCUUGAUCACCUGAACCCCCACCAAAAGUCGGAGGUGGAUAUAUUCAACAUAAGCAACCCGACUAACCCACAAUACUACCCAUGAUGUUUGAUACUCCCGGGCUGGACCCCAAUUAUUCAAUGGGAUAAUUUCGAGUAGUCAUCGACGAGGCCUUCCAGUUGUUGUGACGAAGUAAGCAAUCUGGAUAUCCAUUGACAUUUCUGGAAUAUAGGUUACACUGGGAAGAUGAGAUGGCUGCUGGCCGGUAUCUAUAAUACUUGAAAGGAUCCGAGCAUUCUAGCAAUUGUUAUUGCUGGUAGAUUGAAGAGACCAAAUUCUUGUGUCCAUCAUUCGGGGGUAAAGUCUCUCCCGGGCUGCGAAGGAAAGGUUAAUGAACAUGAACAUCAUAUCCGAAGAAGGGGUCAGGAGCUUUAUUGAUAGUACUUGCUGCCUAG